UCCUUGUGGCUGCGCAGUGGAAAUCCGCACCGGGGAGCUGCUGAGGGGCGCCGGUGUCAUGUGAAAGCGCACAUGCUCCGCCAUCCACGCAGCCCCCCCCUCUUCGUUCUCCGCGUGUUUUUCCUGUUUUUUCUAACGUAACUCCUUUCCUUCCCUCUCCCCUGCUUCGCCCCUAGCCACCCGCCGCCGCUCCGCGGCCCAGGCGACCCCCGCAGGGGCUCCGCGGCGGGCGGGCGCGGGGCGGCCGCCAGGGAGGAGCGCGCCCGGCGGCGGGCAGCCCGCGGAGCCGCGCCCCGCGGAGCCGCCCCGGAGGUAUGGUUUUCCCGGCGGAGCAGAGCUGCGGCGGCUGCCGCCUCCGCGGGUGCUGAGACGGGAUUUUUGUGGUGCUGUUCCCGGGCUCCCAGCUUCAUGACUGCGCGGAGCGGGGAGCCAACACCAUGCGAGCACAAAUUGAAGUGAUACCAUGCAAAAUCUGUGGUGAUAAGUCCUCUGGAAUACACUAUGGAGUCAUCACAUGUGAAGGCUGCAAGGGAUUCUUUCGGAGGAGUCAGCAGAACAAUGCCUCCUACUCCUGCCCAAGGCAGAGAAACUGUUUAAUUGACAGAACCAACAGAAAUCGUUGCCAACACUGCCGACUGCAGAAAUGUCUUGCCCUGGGAAUGUCUCGAGAUGCUGUGAAGUUUGGAAGAAUGUCCAAAAAGCAGAGGGAUAGCUUGUAUGCUGAAGUGCAGAAGCACCAGCAGCGACUGCAGGAACAACGGCAGCAGCAGAGCGGUGAGGCAGAAGCCCUCGCCAGGGUUUACAGCAACAGCAUCAGCAAUGGCUUGAGCAACCUGAAUAAUGAAACUGGCAGCACCUACUCAAAUGGGCACAUCAUCGACCUGCCAAAGUCUGAGGGUUAUUAUAACGUGGAUUCUGCCCAACCUUCCCCAGACCAGUCUGGGUUAGACAUGACUGGAAUCAAACAGAUAAAGCAGGAACCUAUCUAUGACCUCACCUCUGUACCAAACUUGUUUACCUAUAGCUCUUUCAACAAUGGGCAAUUAGCUCCGGGGAUAUCCAUGAGUGAAAUAGAUCGAAUUGCACAGAAUAUCAUUAAAUCUCAUUUGGAGACAUGUCAAUAUACAAUGGAGGAACUACACCAGCUAGCGUGGCAAACCCACACUUAUGAAGAAAUCAAGGUUUACCAGAGCAAGACCAGAGAAGCUCUGUGGCAGCAGUGUGCCAUUCAGAUCACCCACGCUAUCCAGUACGUGGUGGAGUUUGCGAAGCGCAUAACAGGAUUCAUGGAGCUCUGCCAGAAUGACCAAAUUCUCCUUCUUAAGUCAGGCUGCUUGGAAGUCGUUUUGGUGAGGAUGUGCCGUGCCUUCAACCCACUCAACAAUACUGUUCUGUUUGAAGGAAAGUAUGGAGGGAUGCAAAUGUUUAAAGCCUUGGGUUCUGAUGAUCUGGUGAAUGAAGCGUUUGACUUUGCAAAGAAUUUAUGUUCCUUACAGCUGACUGAAGAGGAGAUUGCCUUGUUUUCAUCUGCUGUUCUAAUAUCACCAGAUCGAGCCUGGUUAAUAGAGCCAAGGAAAGUCCAGAAGCUUCAGGAAAAGAUUUACUUUGCACUUCAACAUGUGAUCCAGAAGAACCACCUCGACGAUGAGACUUUGACAAAGUUAAUAGCCAAGAUACCAACCAUUACUGCACUUUGCAACUUGCACGGAGAGAAACUACAGGUAUUUAAGCAGUCUCAUCCAGAUAUAGUGAACACACUGUUUCCUCCAUUAUACAAGGAGCUUUUCAAUCCAGACUCUACAACUGGCUGCAAGUGAAGGGGAUAAUAGAAUUUUCACGUAGUCAUGGAAUGCAUCACUAUUAAGACAUAAAGAAAUGUUUUCAUGAAGAACUUAUUAAAAAUGUCACUACUGCAACACUAGGAAUGUCCUGCACUUAAUAGAUUUAUUUUUCACCGCUACAGUUUGAAGAAUGUAAAUAUGCAACUCUGAGUGGGGAUGUCUUUUUUCUCUUUUCUUUGUUUACUUUUUUUUAAUUUUUGAACUGACAAUGAAUAUACGAAUAUAGGACACUGGGUGUUAUCUUUUUUUUUAAUUUUAUUUUAUUGGGGGAUGUUUUGGGAGACAACUGUUCCUAGAAUUUUAUUGUAGAUAUACAUGAGAAUAGAGCAGUACUUUGCAGUAUUACUCUUGCUGUUUAUUGUUCAAAUAUAAUUUAAGAAAAUUCCACUUAUUAGACUUGCCUAUUUCUAUGUUUUUAGAUAGUUUAAUGCAUGUGGAAAUUUGUAGCUGUCUUGGAAAUUAUGGUGCAUGUAUGGAAUACACACAUAUAUAUAUGUGCUAUAUACUUUAAAAAAAAAAUAUAUAUAUAUGUAGGUAUUAUAUGCAUACAUGCUGUAGCUUAAAAAUCCCAUGCCUACUUUUAAAGGAUGCUCAGCCCAGCUGUCAUGCAUUUCUUACUCUCCAAGUAAUGUAUUAGAUUUACUUUGGGCAAUCAAGAUUUGCUUUGCCAGUCAGAGUUAAAUUAUUAGUUGCUGAUGUGUAAUGACAGGAUCACUUCUGAGAUAUGUGUAACGUAGUGCAUGUGUGCAGUCUGUAAAUGAAACAUCAGGAAUGUAUCAAUGGUGCAAAAGCCUUGUCUGGAUGAUUUUAGUGGAGAGAAGAAAAGGAGUUUCUUUUAAUUUUUCUCCCUGUUACAGGGAUAGAGCAUAUAUAGAAGUGAACAUCGUAGGACUUGAUGUCAGUGAAGUAUUUGAAACAUGGAGUAAAAAUGUAGACUAUCCCACAUGUACAUUUUUCUGAUUCCACUCAUGAUUUUAUUUCAUAUAUACUGCUUUGAAAAGUAGUUGCAAGUCUUGGUUUUUUGCUGAACUCAAUGGAAAGACACAUAGUGAACCCAAUGAAAAUCAUAGGGAGCCUAAAACGUAGCCCUGAAGAGUAGCGGCAGAGGGAGGAAGAGGGUGAAGGAGGAGGAAAGUCAAAGCAAGCAACGGCUAUGGUGAGGAAGGCAAAUACAGCUAUCGCUGUUUCUGACACAGCCAUCAUUGAGAUGGCACUGAUGGUUUCCAUUACACACAUGCAUAUAUGUGUGUUACAUACACAUGCAUAUAUGUAUGUACAUACCUGUAUGUAUAUAAUUGUAUAUAUAUACACAUAUAUAGGGUUGAUUUUAGAUUCACUUCAGGAAGGGAGCAAAGAAUUAGGGCUUUCUUUUUGUCUGUCUCUGAACUGACUUUAUGUGCAUUUGCUUGCAAAACCAAAGGCAAAUACAAAGUGGGGUGGAAGGCUGCCACAGACUUAAUCUUGUGGAUUAAUUAAGUUUAAUUAGCAGUCAUGAUUAAUGUAUUUGGGUUGUGCCAGAGAUACAAGACAUAGACUUUUUAGCUAUGGAAGAUGGAUUCAGUUUCUGCUACCACCCUGACCUUACCACCACUUUUACCCGUUAUGAGCUUUUUCAGAGAAGUCUCCGGAGAUCCCAGUGGAGGGAGUAGAAUAGAAAAGAGGAAGCAGGCAGCAGAGAGGAAAUGAAGGCAAGAUGAUGAGCAAAUAUAUUUCCUUAUUUCAAAUCACACAGAAGUCAGUGCAGUCUGAGGCAAGGUGAGGAUGAGCACAUUGACAGGGAGGCCAAAGGACCCACUUUCUGCCAGGCUUCAUGGCAGAGCAGGGUCACAGGGAGCCCACAGGGACACAGGUGGGCCCCAGGGUGGGUGCAGAAACUUGAUCUGUUGUAGUGACAACUUAAUGCCUCCAGUUUUUCCAGCAUACUCACACAGCUCUGGUCUCAAUCUUCUGUUCCCUUUUCUGCAUGACCAAAUAAUUCACAGGCAAUUCCAAGUACUUUGUGGAGUUUUCCCUUGCCCUCCAUCAGUUGGUUUGCAAGUUCACGUUUCAUGGCAGAAUCCAGUCUAGAAACAUGAAUAUUUGUUUGCUCUAUUUUAACAAUGUCAGAUCAGAUACAAGAGUAGUUUCAAACUCUCAGCUAUUAAAUGUUUCUCUGUAGGUCUGUUACAACUUCAAAAAGAAAAGAGAAAAAACCUGUACAGAAGUUAGUUGUGCUGAGAAUUUUGAUGCAAACAUGACAUACUCUUCAAACUUAGUCUUACAGAACAGCAGUUGUUAAAAAUACCUUUUUUGCUCCAAAUUCAGAGCACAUUUUCUGACCUACAUUGAUUACAUUAAAAUGUCUUCAAUUAACAUAAUAAAGCAUUGCUCUUGAUGCUUCUUUAUUCCAUUUAAACCCUUAGAUUGGCAUUCCCUUAGAAGGUGAUUUAUCUGUUUGCAGCCCCUUUUACUGGCAAAUCCAUGAAAAUGACCCCAAACUCCAACUCUUUUCUAUUAUAAAAAACAUUAAUCAGCUAUAUUUAUGUACUACUUGUUUGAAUUUAUUUGGGAAAAAAUUCAAGUCAAACUGAACACUAGAAGUGCACAGUUUUAACUGCAGGGGAUUCAUGUAUUCCUUGUCUUUUCCAACACACAAACACACACGUAUAUAUUUGUUUGAAAUCCUUUAUAAACUUGUUUUCAGUACAUCAAUAGUUACAUAUGUAGCCAACCCACAGAAAUAUAGAAUAUGUCGUUACUGCUCUUAGUGCUAAUAAAUAAAGAGGUUUGUCGUGUUUAUAAAUAGUCCUUCACAAUUAUAUGUUACACCUUGAAAAUGUUUUGUUCUUUUCAAAUAAGCUAAUCAGUCCUUGGAAUUUUUGACUCAUGAUUCAGACAAGGUAACCAAGUGGAGCUCACCAGUGAGAACAUUAUUUAGUCAUUAUCCACAGGGGUUUUAAUCCUUAAAGCACUAUUCUUAAAUCACUGCAACCUCAUGACCUUUUCAAUCAUGAGGUUACUGCCUCUUUUUAAAGAUGUGGAAAUGAAGGAAAAGAAGUUAAAUGAUUUGCCAGAGGCCACAGAGGUAGCAGCAUCCAUUCCUGGAAUAAAAAUGGAUCGCUGCCUUUGUCUGAUAAACAUUAAGAUGCUGGUAUACAGAAUCUUCAUUGCCAUUGAUAGGCAAUAGCCUGUACAAACAGUACAAAUAUUGCCAAAAUUUUAUCUUCAAAUAUGGUUAAUUAUCAACAGCUUGCUCCGUUUUUGUUACUACUUUUAAAGAAUUUGAGCAAAUAACCUUGUUGCUUAUUUGGAAAAUAAAAAUACGUUCUCAUACAUUAUUUGUGGUAACUAAGGCUGAUAAAUUUUAUUUGUUUUUCUGUGAUUUGAGAUUGACCACAUAAGUAAAGUAGUACCUCUGUUGCCCUUCUUUAACUGAGUUUAGAACAAAAAAUAACAAUCACAUGACACAGGCUGGAUUUUUGUUGUUGGUUUUGAUACAUAGUCAUUUAUAUUCCAAAUUUAAAAUUCUUGAUACUGGAUUUCAUAUGUUGAAGCUAUCCAUAGACUUUAAAUAAUAGAAUAGCAUGAAUUAGAGUAAAUAACUGCAUAAUCCACUCGCAAAAUGCAUUUCAGAAAAUAUUAGUACUACACUUUUAUUUCUUCUUGGCUUUCAUUAGUCCACAGUAGUAUCUGAAGCCCUUCAAUGAAAUCUCUAAAACUAGCAUUUGUCAGAUCUGGUCUCUGUCGUAAUUGGUUAUGUUUGUUUAUUUUUUUAGUGACAAGGUUUUCAAAUGGGACACAUUUUUUAAUGAUUGAUUAAGCCAGGAUCUUUAACAAAAGGAUAUUUAAAGCAUGUAUUGAAUCUUCUAGCAUUGCUCUCAUAUAAUUCAACCACCACAUUGAUCUAAAUUAUCCUUGGCAUUGAGGAAGCAGAUGUAGACUGUUCAUUAUACUACCACAGAGACUUGAUUUUGGUGUAGAUGUCACUCUUGCCAGUUCUUUGUGUAAAGAAUUAAUUCCAAGAGUCAUGUUUCCUUUUAAUGGAAAGAUUGCUUUAGCGAUUCCUAGAAAAAAAGGGUAAUAGAAGGCACUCAGCUGAGCCAACUUGUUUCCAAAAGCAAUGUAUAUUUUUUGAUUGGUUUGUGAUAGGCAGCAUUUAGGAAUUGAUUCUGCAAGUUGUCAGGCUCCCUUAGCUCCAGCUAGAGCCUCUAAAAAUGGAGACAUCUCAGCACCCCACAGAAGGUGCUGAACCCCUCAUAAAGUUAGAGACCCUUGGUGUAAAGAGGUCCCCUUUGAGUUUUGCAGAACACAAGUCAGAUGUUAUUCUCAUACUUGCAUUUUAAUGCUUUUACUUCAUGCUUUCCAUUGUUCAUUUCAACUCCCAUCUCACAGGGAUCAGUUUAUUCCUCCUGUUGCACCUGGGCCGCCAAUGCUAUUUCAGUGCUUGUGCCAGGUUAUGGUGUUCCAGGUGGAGCAGCUACCAGACCUGUCCAUGAAGAUAAGGUUUAUUAUUUGAUUUUCUUUGUUCAUUUUCAUGGUGACAGCUUGCACAGGUGUACAUUUCCCUUUGGGAUAGUUUGCAGGGAUUUCUGACAUAACUUCUACACAAAGAGAGUGCAAAGCAAGUCCCAUACACUGGCCUCUCAGCCUUCCACCACCAGGCUGUGGGAGCUGCUCGGAGGCUGCAGCAGUUUCACAAAUCAGUCAGGCAGCACAGUUAGAGAUGUGCAGGCGAUGGCUCCUUUCCCCAUUGUCAUUUUUCACCCCCUCUAAAGCUGUGCUACAAAGUACAUUUGAAAGAUGUUCGGGUUCCCCCAUCCUCCUUCGUCCUGACUCUGCACUGAUUGUGCUGUUUCCAGAAGAACCAGGGCCCAGCCUGGAAGAUGGUUCCUAUUUUCAGAGUCAUUGUCUGUUGGACAUCCCAGGAAUAUAGCACUGGGCAAUAAGAUCAAAAUGAAACAUGAAAGAGUUUUUUGUCCAAAUUUGCCUGAGCACAUAUAAAAUGGAAAACUGAGACAGAACAGCUUGCUUUUCCCUGGCAAUAACAGUGUAUUUACAUCUACCAACCUGUCCCAGCCAGCACUUUCUGCCUCCGCUCUAGAAACUUAACUGCUGUCUCUGACAUCCAUUAGGAACAGUGUAUUGGAGACCUAGUCCUCUUCUUUCCCUUUUAAGUUUCACACUUUGUAAAUGACAAUCACUGCUUGAUGCAGAUGUUGCACUGUAUGCCACUCAGGGAUGUUUCAUUACUAAAAAUAGCUAUAUAAAUAUAACAGUGAUAAUAAGGAAGAGAAUGUUAGAGGCUUUGAAGGGCACGGGUUGAGCUGCCCAAAUGAACAUGACCCAGACAAGGCUUUCAAGCCAGUGAUUAGAAAUAACAUUGGUAUAAACUGAAUUCACUGUCAGCAUUUCCUCAGCUUGAUGCAGGACUCACUUCACUCAUUGUUUCACGGUCAGUGGAGCCCUACUGACACAUCAGUUUGUGAUGUUAAAGUCCUUUUGGAAACAAAAUGCAAGCAAGCUUUGUAUGAGUUACUGAAUUCAGAUAACUGACAAAAGAAAGUGCAGUUUAAAGGUACUGAGUUUAGGUACCAUUAAUGUGAGCUCAUAUUCAGAAUUACUGCAGGCGUAUAAGAAGAAAGGUUAAGAUGUGAAAGAAAUAAUAGUAUGUCAGCAACAACAGCAACAAGUAUGCUGAACUACCACAUGGAGAAAUGUGUAUAAAAAGCAAGUAGUAUAAAGUGGCUAACAGCUAGCCUUUCUUCUCAGGGAUGCACAAAAUCAUAGCUACCCCCAGGCCUCUGUAGCAAUGCUUCUCCAUGGCAUGACCAGUCCUUUUCUUACCUCAAGCAAACAUGACCCGUUUUAUACUGCACUAGGGAAAAAUACUCCAUUUCCUAGAAUUUUGAGGUGCGCUUCUGCUUAUCCCUAGCUUUACACCACAUGUUUUCUACAGACCUAUCAAUACAAGAACACACACAGAAAGACAAAUUACAGUGGACUGUAUUGCCAGUGAUUGAGUUAAUUCCAGGUCUCCAGCCAAGAGGCUUUCCUCAGCUCUGAGUGUGAUCAUUGCUUCUGUUCUUACAGUGGGUAUAUAAAGAUUUUAACUCCAUAUUCUGAACUCCCUACACCUAGAAGAUGGGUGGACAACUUCAAAAGGUGGAAAGGAGAAGCCAAAAUCCCUAUGCAUCAAGGUUUUCAUAAUCAUAUUAUUUACCAACUGUCCCAUUACAAUAUAAAUUUUAAUUUUUCUGGUUGCUGGAGCCACAUUCAAGUGACUGAAAUUCUUGUUCAUGUGACACCUGCCCAUUAAAAAGAACAGUCUUCUGGCCAGAGAUCUUUGCCUCUCUUUCCUUUUCCUUUUCCUCUGGGCUCCUAAUAUAAGUCUUUGUUCUUUCUCAAGGCUGACCCUUACCUGCAGUCUGCAAGGGAGGCUCCACCCAGGAGGUAGGAAGCAGGCUCUUUCCUCCUCUUCCUCCCAGGGUCCUCACUUAGCUAUAUUGUCACUGCAUGUGUUGUCCCUGCAAGUAAGGCUGUGUAACAAUGAGCCCAACACCCCGGUAAUUUACCAUCCCAGAAACAGUUUGCAGCAGAUCACUUAACUAUAAAAGCCACCUGGGUAUUCAGUCUGCAGAUGAAAGCCAUUGUGAAAAGAAGAGACCUAAAAUUUCUACAGUGGUAGCUCACAGAUCAGUAACUCUCCUAAAAAGGCAUCCUGAAUGUCCAGUGACAUGAUGGGUGUGUCGGUGUCCUCUGAAUGGUCCUUGCAUUUCAUUCGUGCUGAGAGAAUAAGGUGAUGCACAAAACACUCUGGGAAAGGAGAUAUUUCCUGGGUGUUACUGCAGGCAGCGAGGAUAAUACUGCUCACAGUGAGUUCAGUAAUGUGACGUACUACAUUUACAUAAUUUCAUCAUCCUCACAAUUCAAGCACAGCACGUAGGGAGAGUGAAAGAAAACAUCAUUGAAUAUAGCAGCAAUAAAUAAAUUAUAAGUGUUUCUUUGUAACUGUACUUGCAGAAAUUGUUUGCUUUGCACGUGGUCUUCUGUACAAUAACAUAAAGAAAAACUUCAUCUAAUGUAGAUAUCACUGUGUUUUUGCAUAUUUGUUGGAUUUGUUGGAUGGAGCUGCUACUUUGUGAUCAAAAAUACUGCUGUUUAGAAAAAUGUGUGUGCUUCAAGAAAAGGCUGCGGCCCUUGUUUAUGGCUAUA